GGGGUACAGUCAAGCCAGCUGGCGAGUCAUGCAGUCCAAGCGGGAGUGUGAGCUGUGGUGCGAGAGGGUGAACCCAGAGAACAAGGCGGCGCUGGAGGCAUGGGUCAGGGAGACGGGCAUCCGACUGGUGCAGGUGAACGGGCAGAGGAAGUAUGGCGGGCCACCCCCAGGCUGGGUGGGCAGCCCGCCGCCGGCCGGCUCUGAAGUGUUCAUAGGGCGGCUGCCCCAGGACGUGUACGAGCACCAGCUGAUCCCACUGUUCCAGCGCGUGGGCCGCUUAUACGAGUUUCGCCUGAUGAUGACCUUCAGCGGUCUGAACCGCGGCUUCGCCUACGCCCGCUACAGCUCGCGGCGUGGGGCACAGGCCGCCAUUGCCACGCUGCACAACCACCUGCUGCGGCCCUCCUGCCCCCUGCUCGUGUGCCGCAGCACCGAGAAGUGCGAGCUGUGCGUGGACGGGCUGCCGCGGAGUCUGAGCCACCACGCGCUGAUGCUCGCGCUGCAGCCGCUGAGUGCCGGCCUCCAGGAGGCCCUGCUGCUGCCCAGCCAGGGGUCGGCGCCCACGCAGAUCGCGCUGCUCAAGUUCAGCUCGCACCGUGCCGCUGCCAUGGCCAAAAAGGCCCUAGUGGAAGGACAGUCAUGCCUCUGUGGAGAGCAGGUGACAGUGGAGUGGCUCAAACCAGACAUGAAGCAGAGACUCCGUCAGCUCUCAGGCCCCUCACUGCAGUUUCCACAGUCAGAGGGGACCCCGUUGCCCUUGGCCAAGGAUAAGCCAGGGCCUCAUGGGGCCCGGGCUGCCCUGCAGCUGCUGUGCCACAGGAUGAAGCUGGGCAGCCCUGUGUUCCUCACCAAGUGCUUGGGCAUCGGCCCUGCUGGCUGGCACCAUUUCUGGUACCAGGUGGUGAUCCCAGGUCAUGCAGUGCCCUUCAGUGGCCUCAUUUGGGUUGUGUUGGCCCAGAAUGGGCAAGAUGGGCACCAGGUGGCCAAGGAAGCCGUGUCCGCAAAGCUGCUGGAGGCACUGAGUGAGUCCAGGGCCAGCCUUCCGUACUCUGCUGAGGCAGGUAUCAUGUUUAAGCAGUGACCCAUCCUUUCUCCUCUCCACAGGCAGUCUGUGUCAGUCCUCAGCCCAGCAGGCCUGGGUGGCUACCAUCAAAGCCCAAAGAAGGGAGGGGUACAGGCCUUGCCCCAGGCCUGAUGCAUAUUCUCUGCUGGGGCAGAGCCCCACCAUACCUCUGGGAAGGUGAGCAGCUCAAGUUUAGCUAAAUUAUGGUGAGAGACCUGGCCCUCUUCCCAUCAAGGGUCUAACCUGACUUCUGAGCUCUCUUACCAGUCCUGUUUAACACACACUCUCCCUCCCUCUCCCCAACAGCGUAGCAUGAAUCUUUAACAUUUUCUUAAUCUGUCACUUUGGUUCGUUUUUAUUUAGGGGCUGGCUGAGCCAAAGGAUCCAAAACCUGGCUAUUGCCCCCACUGCCUGGCAUUCUGAUUUUGGUUUAUGUAUAGUUGUAAGGUUUUCUAUGCAGGUUGUAUUUAUAGUAACCCCCUGGUUGGUGUUUCUUGUGUUUGUGCUGUCUUGUCCCAGCUGAAAGCUUGUCUUCCUCACAAUGAUAGAGUGAGCAACUCGUACCUCCACAGCACAGUCCGGAGCCCUGGGCCUCUGCACCUUCCUAAGUUACAGAAUAAAAAAGGAAAAUUUUUAAAAA